AUGGAUAACGCCAUAGAAGAUUUAGAUGGUGAUAUGACUCCUGAAGAGUUAGCUCAGUUUUCGCAAAGGCUCAAUCUAGUUUUCCCAGGUACAAAGUGGUGUGGGCCUGGAGAUACAGCAGAUAAUUAUGACGACUUAGGCACCGCCAAGGAAACAGAUAUGUGCUGCAGAGACCACGACUACUGUGAGAAUAUUCCUUCAGGAGAGACAAAAUAUAAUUUAACUAACAGUGCCUAUUAUACAAGGUUAAAUUGCAAGUGUGAUGAAAAGUUUCGUAAAUGUUUACGUAGCGCUAACUCCGAAACUUCAAGGACAGUGGGCAUAACCUAUUUCAAUAUAAUUGGUACCCAGUGUUAUAGGAAAGACUAUCCCAUUAUACAAUGUAAAAGAAAAGGAGGAUGGCUGAACCAGAAGUGCCUUGAAUAUUCAUAUGAUACAAGAUCCGAGAAAGUGUAUCAGUGGUUUGACGUGCCCAACUUU